UACACGAUGAUGAUAGUUUGAUGUGCUGGGCUUCACGCUGCUGUUUUCACGUGUUUCCAUCAGAGUCGACAUGACCCAUUCAGACGGGAUUGUAAAACCGAAAACGAAGCGGUCCAAACGCUUCCUGGAGAACAGAGCGCCCAAACUGAAAGAAAACAUCAAGAAUGCCAUGAUCAUGAAAGGAGGAAACACGAGCCAGACGGUCACUCAGGCACUAAAAGAUAUAUAUGCACUAAAGAAACCAGGUGCUGUAUUGUUCAAAAAGAAAAACAUUGUUAGGCCAUUUGAGGACUCGACAGCUCUGGAAUUUUUCUCCAAGAAAUCCGAUAGUUCGUUGUUUUUAUUCGGCUCACACAACAAGAAAAGACCCAAUAAUCUCAUAUUCGGCCGAAUGUUUGAUUUCCAUGUUCUGGACAUGUUUGAGUUGGGAAUUGAGAAGUUUGUGUCUCUAAAAGACAUUAAGAGAGAAAAGUGUCCAGAGGGGACCAAGCCCAUGUUGGUGUUUGCGGGGGAACUUUUUGACACCGAUAAUGAACAUAAGCGAUUAAGGAACAUUCUAACAGAUUUCUUCUGUGGACCCAAAAUUGCAGCGGUGCGUCUGGCCGGACUGGAACAUGUGCUUCACUUCACGGCACUGGACGGCAAGAUUUACAUGCGCAGCUACAAAGUGUUGCUGAAGAAGUCUGGCUGUCGGACACCCAGGAUUGAGCUGGAGGAAAUGGGACCUUCGUUUGACUUGGUGUUGAGAAGAACUCACAUGUCCUCUGAUGACCUGUACAGAACUGCACAUAAACAGCCGAAGGGCCUGAAGCCCAAGAAGAAGAAGAACAUCUCCCAUGAUGCCUUUGGCACCAGAUUGGGCCGCUUGCACAUGCAGAAGCAGAAUCUGGACAAACUACAGACACGCAAGAUGAAGGGCUUGAAGAAGAGGAGAAGAGCGGUCACUACAGAGACCACAUCACCCAAAAAAGCCCGGACAGAUGAAUAAGUGUUUCUAAUGUAUAUAUCCCUCUGUCUGAGACUGAUGUGACUCAUGGAGGAAUAUCAGGAAUAUCCGCCUUGAAUUCCCUAAUAAUAAAUGCAGUAUCUCAUAGCUGUUCCAACUUCUCUGUAUUUUCAGGAUUUUAUAACAAGACAGUAUUUGUAUGGAGUAAGCAGUGAAUGUACAAAACAUUUGAUUGCAAUAAACUGAUUUGU